ACAAGUGACCCACAGUGGGACACACACACACACACAGACACACACCCUGCUCUCUCAUUCUCUCUCUUUUUGGAUUGUGUUUUCUUCACAUGUUUGGAUGGACAGCAGGAGGACAGGGGACGCGGUGGCGGAGGUAGAGAUUGAUUUGGGCGAUGACAGUGAGUCUGAAGGAUUUGACAAUGGGGAGGAACCUCAGACACUGUGGAGGGCCCAACCCUCUGUGGACGACGACGACUACAUCCACACGUCUGCCCUGGUGGAAAUCAGUGACACGAAGCCUCUGAUUACGUCCAGAGACCCCAGAGGAAUCAACGACUGUCUGAAGGUCCAAUUUGAAGAUGUGAUCGCUGAGCCGGUGUCAGUGCGGAGUGGAGACAGAGUGUGGAUCUGGAGUCACGCUCUGUUUGAGGUGACCAGGGUCUGGAUUUACAGAAUAGUCACAUUGCUGUUUGCAGUUCCUGUGUCUGUUAUCACUGGUCUUCUCUUCGCCGUCUUCAGCUGCUUCCACAUAUGGUUUGUUGGUCCUUGUACCCACUGUAUCCUGAUGGCCACCAGGUGGCUCCAGAGCUUAUGGACCAUCGUGCUGGGCGUCAUUGUGCAGCCUUUCUUCAUAAGUGCUGGGAGAUGCUGUGGAGGCUUCAGCAUUCAUCUGGCCAAAGAAUGAGACUGUGACUGGUGGAGAGAUGAAGAAGAAACACACGCCCCCCCACUGUAUAAACUAGUGGCCAUUUAUAAACACACCUUGUUUUUGUUAAU